AUUAAAUCUAUCUUACUUAAAAUUAAUUUCAAAUUUAUCUAUAUUUGGUUUAAAGGUUUGGUUUUGAAAAUUAAAGUAGGAUUAUGUAAAUUGGUUGUAGUUGGGGAUUUUUAUCGAUCAUAUAAAGUGUAAAGAAAAGGUUACGUUCGUGAUAGUGAUUAUGUUUAUGUGCGUUGCGUGUUAUUUGACAGUUUCCAACUCCUUCUGCAGCAAGUGUCAGAUUUAUUUCCACAAUUCGUGAUAACUUCUACUUAGAUGUUAGUUCUACUGUAACUCAUAUUAACACUUUCAAUUUUUCGCCUUAAUAAAAUCUAUUUAGGAUAAUAUGACUCCCACUGAAGAGUACUAUCUGAAAAUAAGGAACAAAUUGGAUGAUCUUGGAUAUUUACAACCACUGUCAUUUGAAUCUGUCCUUCUUGUUGACAAACUUCUGGAAGAUCUCUUAAACACAAAGAAGGGCUUGCAGCAUUACAAAAAUGUUGCUCAACAAAGUAUGGAGGCUUGCAGUGAGCUACAAGCAGGAGUUGGACCUUUCAAGGUUGACAACGCCAAACUGAUAAAAGAGAACAACGAUCUUCGCCAGAAGCUGCUCAAAUCGAGGGAAGCUAUUGAAGAUACUAAAGUUGAGCUCAGGAAGGAAAUACGGAGAUUAGAGAAAGAACGGACACUCCAAGAAUAUCUCUGCACUCAACAUGCCUCUAAGAUCACACAAUUGCAGACUGAACUGGCCCAGAAAUCUGCCAAGUUGAUGGAGUAUAGAGGUGUCAAGAACAAAGUGCAUGCAACAGGACCAAAUAAAAAGAGGGAGGAACCGAAAGUGGACAAAGAGCAAAUGCUAGAGGUGAACACUAGAGAUGCAGAGAUAGAGAGGCUGACUCAGCUGUUAACAGAUGGACGCCCACUCAUGGCUGCUCGCAACCAGUGUCCCUGCUGCUCACCGCAGCUGCUCGACUGUCGUCUGCUCACAAAGGUUGCUAUAGUUUACAUUAUAAAUUAUUCACAGGUGAACACUAGAGAUGCAGAGAUAGAGAGGCUGACUCAGCUGUUAACAGAUGGACGCCCACUCAUGGCUGCUCGCAACCAGUGUCCCUGCUGCUCACCGCAGCUGCUCGACUGCUGUCUGCUCACAAAGGUUGCUAUAGUUUACAUCAUUAUAAAUUAUUCACAGGUGAACACUAGAGAUGCAGAGAUAGAGAGGCUGACUCAGCUGUUAACAGAUGGACGCCCACUCAUGGCUGCUCGCAACCAGUGUCCCUGCUGCUCACCGCAGCUGCUCGACUGUCGUCUGCUCACAAAGGAAAAACUAGAAGAGCGCAUUCUCCAGGUGGAGAGGUUGGAGCAGGAAUUAACAGAAUUGAAGAUGACAAAUGCCAAUGUCCUUUCCGACAAGCUGAGUGUGGAUAAGAUCUUGGAAAUCACAUUGGAAGACAAGAAAAGGAUGCACGAUCGCAUCAACGAGCUCACAAUCAUUGAGCAUGACCUGAUGUUGGAGAUAGAGAGGCUGCAGAGGACCAAUGCCUUGCAAAAGUCUCAGUUGGCAGAGUUGGAGGCUCAGGCCACUGAGUCGGUGCGAGUUGCUGAUUCGAACAGAGUAACUCAAGUUUCCAAGCCUAACUCUGUCAAGGCUACAGCCAGACCUGGUUCAGCGAGAUCAGCUGAUCCUAAGAGACCUGGAGGUCAGUCGAAGAAAGUCGUGCUGAGACCCGUACCAGUCGCUCAACCCAAGGUGACCAAGCGUAUGGUGAGGCCCCCGCCAGUCCCCCAUCCGGAGUCAGACAGCCCCACCUCCAUCUCCCCACCACCCCACCACUCCCCCACAUCCCCCACCGACUGGAAGGAACAGCUACUCAAGGAAAGGAAGCAGUUCAAAGAGCAGCUGCACCAGAUCGAGCAGCAGCAGGUGGAACACUGUGCUAAGUUCCAUCCCCCGCCCUGCCCCCGGUCCGCCAGAGCGGAACAACAACAACCUCCUAGGGACGGUGAUAGUCAGUUGAUGUUGCUGGAGAGAAUACAAGCCGAGAGGGACUACUACCACAAGGAGUUCACCAGACUCAGGGACCAGCUGUGUAACAUACCAGACCAUUCCACCGAGAUGACCAGUGGUCCAGCAUCCCCUCAUGCCAAGCUAGAGAGACUGCUGUCGGAGAGAGACUACUAUUUCCGGGAAAUGUGUCGUCUGCGCGACGCCACGACCAAGACUCAUACGGACAAGGCCACCCUGUCGGACUUGGAGAGGCAGUUAGGAGCAAAGCAGGACGAGAUCAAUGUUCUGGAAGGAAAGGUGGCAGACCUGCAACACAGGUUGGCAGCACCUCAGCUGAACGCUGAAGUAUGGAAGAAGAUCAGUGCCAAAGAAGAAGACAUCAGACAGUUGUCUGAGAAGAUCAGAGAACUGGAGCAGCAGAUGGUUUUCCUCAACGGCUCAUACGGCAAUUACACAAACCGACCAAUCCAAUCGUCCAAUUCCAGCUCUGUCACUCCCAUGCACUGCCCAAUCAUUGCGUACAGGUUGGGUAGUACUGAAGAUCUGAAGAGAAGAUUAAAUCUGAAAGAAGAGGAGAUUUUAAAUCUCAGAGAACGGCUGAAACAUGCAGAGAAGAGUAGUUUUUCUCAUGAUCAACAACAGAAUGCUGGUGAACUGUGGAGGAAACUUAACUUGAAAGAAGAGGAAAUCUUAACUUUAAGAGAAAAAAUACGUGAUUUGGAAAGAAACCAAAUGUCAUUUGAUUUCACUCAGGCGAAUGCUGAACUCUGGAGGAAACUAAAUAUAAAAGAAGAUGAACUCUCAAGAAUGCAGGACAAAAUUAGAACUUUAGAACAGAAUAUUUCAGAAUACUCACUUCUGAAAAGAAAGUACAACCAAAAAGAAGAAGAAAACCUAACUUUGCGAGAGCAGAUUCGAGAAUAUGAAUGUAACAAAUGUAAUUCCAGUGGAUUAAACCAGGGAUUGGUGACGAGGUUGGAGAUGGAGCGAGAUGCAGCUAAGGGGGACUGUGUGAGGCUACGAGAGGAGAUAAACACUUUACGAAAUGAUUUGCAGCGACUUAGAGACUGCCAGCACAGUGAGCAGCUGCGACUAGACCAAGCCCAGAAAGACUUUGACAACUGUGUGGCACAGUUCGAGGUCGAGAGACGAAGUCUGACUGGCGAGAUCAAGCAGUUGACUGAGGAGCUACGACAGUUCAAGGAUAAAGUGAGGGAGCUGCAGUCAGAUGCCGGAGAGCAGAGAACACGUUGUAAUCAUCUCAAGCUGGUGAAUGAACAGACAGAACGAGAGCUGCGGACGACGCAGGAUCUGCUGCACCAGACUGAGACCGAGCUUGCCAGUGCUUUGGAUCGUGUGCAGGAACUCAACGACGAGGCCAAGCAGUUGGAGUGGGAUCUCAAAGAGGCUCGGCAAGAGCGUACCUGUCUCAAGGCUAACAUGACCCGUCUAGAUCAAGAAAAAGACUCCCUUCUUAUUAAGGUGGAUGAGAAGACAGAACAAAAUGUGAGGUUGGAGGCAGAGCUGGAGUCACGCAGUUGUCGCAUUGCCAACCUGGAGGCAUUCAUCGCAGAUUUGCAAAAGAAGUUGGAUGUGGCCUUGGACACUGCAGCACGCAGCGAACAGUCCUCCAGACAACACACCCAGGACUCAAACCGGCUGCGGAAAGAUCUGGAGAAGAUUGAACGGUCCAGGGAUGUAGCAGUCAAAGAGAACAGCCGGCUGCAGGACGAUCUGGCAACGGUGACUGCCGACAACCAGCGUCUGAGUCGUAGCCUGGAGGCUUCCAAACGGGAAGUAGAAGACCUGAAACUCCAGCUCCAGCAGUAUGUUGCGGAGGUGCGGCGAGUCACACAGAUACAAGAGGAGAGGGAGGCGGAGAGGGUUGCGUUGCUGGAACAGUUCCGUUCUCUAACAGCUGAGUCCGCUAGUCUGGAGAACAAACAUCACAGUCUAGAGAGUGAGGCGAAGUCUACCAAGAGCUGUUUGCGGGAAGCUCAGAUUCGAAUACAGGACCUCGAGUCCUGCCUUGAAGAGAAGAAUGCAUUGGUGCAUGGCUACGAGAGUCAGAUCAGAGAGCUCACACAGCAAGUUGCCAAGCUGGAGAGGAAACUCAACUCCAGGUCUAGAGCUGAGAACGCCUCCAGGGAUCUUUCUAGAGAGUUGGAGACACAAAAACAUUGUAUGGCUCAGCAGAUUGACCAAGUCACUUGCCAGAAUAGACAGCUCGAGGAAGAGGUGUGCCAGCUAAGGUCAGAAAUGGACCACCUGCGUGAACAACUGGGCAAGGAACGCAAGAACUCUGCCACCUUGGAAAAUGUAUUAGCCAACUCUAGACAAGAAACUCUACAGAGAGCUAAGGACAAUAAUGAACUGAAAGCUCAAGUCCAAUGUCUACAGACAAAGCUAACAGACCUACAGGAUAAACUGGAGCAUGGGUCGGAGGCGCUGCGUCGCUGCCAAGGCGAGUGUGCCGAAUACCAAGUCCAGGUGUCAGAUCUCAAGCGAGAGGUUACCAACCAGAGAUUCGAGAGGGCCAGGAUGGAACAAGCUGGCAGGUGUCGAAGACCGAAGCGAGCCAGAACUCAUCCUCGAUCCCGUUCCCUUCAACGAGACAUGUCCUUGUCUUCGAGCUACAUUUGUCCUUGCUGUUUCCUCAACCGCAUCUCCUUCUUGCGCCAGGCUCCUCGAAUUCCUGGAAAGAUCGCGAAGAGCGUCUCAAAUAAUCAAAUCGGAGUAAAUCCUAGAGAAGAAACAAAAGAUAUGAGUAGUAAUCACAUUUACUCGGAUGUUUCAACAGCACUUACUGAUUAUUCACUGGGAUCUUACAAAGUCAGCAGAAACUUCAGUGACAACGGAGAAGAAUUCAUGUUCCCAGAACGUUUGAUCAGCCCAAAUAUACAGAAAUCUGACAGCACCUUUAUAGUCGACGCGGUUUUAGAGAACACUAGCUUGUUUGAUCUUCCAGGAACACAGCAUGCUUCGAGGACCGAUGAGUCUACUUAUCAAACCGAAACGUUAGCAAGUGAGAUCGAUCUGAUGUUGCAAGAGCAAAGAAAAUUCGUCAAAAAAUUUGAUCUGCCCAUAUCUGAUGAUGGAAGGUUCAAGCUGAACGCAAAUGUAAUGUGCAGCCAAGGCGACUUUUUAACACAAGAAUUGACAACUGGCAAAGAGAAAAACAGACAAAAGGAUUCAUCAAUAAAAAAACUAAAAAUUUGUAAAACAGCCAAGGAGAAAGCAUCUUAUCUUGCAAGUGGUGAUCAGGAUGGUGUAAUACAGACCAAUGAUGCCAUCGGUCCAGAAGUUGUUCUCAAUCUCAGUCGCAAAGAUGAAAAUAAACUCAAAACAAAAAGUAAUAAACCCAGUUUUCAUUUUAACGAGGAACCAGUGAAACUACCAAAAACAUUUGAACUGACAUUUUCAACUGACAUAGAUGCCGACAUAAAUAAAGAUACUUUUACUGACAAAAAUAUCAGUGUAAAAAUGUUGUUCUUCCCGCAGAACAGACUGAACUGUAGUAGCUCUUCAUUUGACACACACGGCGACAAGUCAGCGACAGACUCCUUAGUGUAUGUGACGGCUGCCAACAGUCUAGCGGACUUGGUCAGGGGUUCUGAGAUGUCCCAGGCUGUGUACACUUUGGCUGAUUCUAACUCCACCAUCAGUCUUUGUAAAACUACAAGUGAAUCUACAAAUCUCUUGGAAUUUAAUUGACUCCACGUCUACAUUACUUUUAGAUAUAAUUUACUUCAUUGUGUUUCUGAAAUAUAAAAUGUUUACUGUA